AUGUCAGGGUUUAAUGUUCCCAGUCCUGAUUAUGAUAUCACCGUUCGCCAGAAAGGCCCUUAUAUUCCAACACCAGAUUAUACCACAAUAAAAUACUACAAGGCAAAAUCAAGGCCAUCGUUGGACAAUCUCAGUUCCAGUCCUAGCCAAAAUCUCUACAUCGAUACCAAUCUUAACCGAAAUUUCAAUAACAAUAAUAUCUCGAGCCGACUUGCGCCGCUGAAGCAAGAAAAUCCGCAAUUAAGGCCAUCGCUUGCCGGAAACGAACCAAAUUACAAUCGCUUUUCCAAACAUUCUUACUUGGAAGAUCAUAUCGAGAACGGCGUUCAUCCACCACGUAACACAAAGGAGCACAUCAAGCAUAUUGGUGUACCAGUAAUUCCGGGUAUCAUCCCAGGUCCGGUCUCUGCUCCCAACGAUAUCAACGCUCCACACGUAUCGUCCGACCAAAACAAAGCAUUUUUGCGUCAUCUGGAAAACCAUCAGAAAUAUGAUACGAUAAAAGGCAAUCGCGGUAUCGAUGAUUGUGAAAUUUGCCACAUAAUGAAACAACAACUAGCCGAGGAGCAGAAAGCAUCAAGCAAUUAUGCGGAGGCGGUGAACAUUGCAAGCAGGCGGCAGCGAGCUGAUGUGCGAUACGUGUUCCCGCAAAUUGAAGAACUUCCUGAGCCCGAGCCGACAUUCUCUUCAAUGUCUGCACGUGCACGUUACAAUUACGAGCAAAAACGAGAAAGCGAGCUAAGCGUCUACGCGUCCGAGGAAGUCCAGAUUCUCGAGGUUCAACAAGGUCUCGCAUUGUGCCGAAAAGCUGAUAACACCGUGGGAUGGAUACCGAGUCAUGUGUUUGGCAUUUAA